AUGUUUAAUUAAUUAUAAUUAGUAUUUUUUCGAUUUAACCAAUUUCUAUUAAUCAUCAAGAAGAAAAAAUGUGGUAUGAUAAUGGUAAUAAAUUGUGAUAUAUCAUAUUUACGAUCUGCAUUAGCCGAUAUAAAUUAAUUUCAAGAAGCAAUUUAAUGUUUUAACGAAGCCAUUUGUGUUAAUCCUAAAUAUGGUUUUGCAUUGAUUGGCAAGGGUAAUUUAUUUUUAUUGUAAAAUAUUAUUAGGUAAUGCAUUAGUAUCAAAUUGGAGCAAUAUCAAGAUGCAAUUAAUUGUUUCACCGAAGUUAUUUCUAUUAAUCUUAAAUCUGAUACUUCAUGGACUGGCAAAGGUAAUUUAAUGUUCAAUAUAAAAAAUAGGAUGUGCUUUAGGCAAUUUGUUUCAAUAUAAUGAAGCGAUUUAAUGUUUCAAUGAAGCCAUUUCUAAUAACCCGAAAUAUGCUGAUGCAUGGAAUUAGAAGGGUAAAAACUAUGUUCGAUUAAAAUAAUUAGGCAUUGCAUUAAAUAACUUGAAUCAAUAUUAAGAAGCAAUUGAAUGUCCCAAUGAAGCAAUAGCUAUUAACCCUAAAAAUGUUCAUGCAUGGAAUAACAAGGAUAAUUUAUUGUGA